UGGGGCUCGCGUAGCCUUCGACGAUUUUAUUCUCUCCGUCUCUCCCUUACGGGUGGGCGGGGCUCAUUUUCCCCGGCGCUUGGUGGCGGCGGCCUGAGAAUCUGAAAAACAGCAACGUGAACUGCUAUGUGGGUGCUUCCUGACAGAAGAUUGGUGCUAAAAGAAAGAAUCUACAGUGUUCAGCUAGCAGGAUUUUGACAACUCUCCAGUUGCCUUGGGAGCUGGGGGAUUGCUGUCUCUGAGCAGAUAUUUGCUGUUUCCUGCCUGGAUGCAAAGCAGUACUUGAAUCACAUCUGCCACUCUCAUACUUGAGGAAACAUAUUCUUUGCUGUGUAAUCAGACAUUAAAUAAGAUAAGCUAUUAUGUCUAAGAAGCAAAACCAAAAAGAUUUGUCAGGAUUUAUUUUUGAUGUACAGUCGAAUACUGUGAUGGCCCAAGGAGGUACCUUUGAAAACAUGAAAGAGAAGAUUAGUGCUGUGAGAGCAAUAGUCCCUAACCGCAGCAACAAUGAGAUUAUCCUAGUGCUGCAGCACUUUGAUAACUGUGUAGAUCGAACUGUACAGGCUUUCAUGGAAGGUAGUGCUACUGCAGUGUUGAAAGAAUGGACGGUAACUGGCAAAAAAAAGAACAAAAAGAAGAAAACCAAAUCAAAAACCCCCGCAGAAUCAAGUGCCAACCUUCCUGACCCCAGCAAGCCAGCAGCCACUGAAGAAGAACAGUCUGCAGUUUCAUCAGAGAAGGGUGGGAUUAAUGGUUACCAUGUCAAUGGUUCGGCCAAUGACACAGAGUCUGUGGACUCACUCAGUGAAGGCUUGGAUACACUUUCCAUAGAUGCAAGAGAGCUAGAGGAGAGUGAGCCUGCUAUGCCUGAGGGUCCUGAUGGGGCAGCAUUGUUUCAGUUUGAAAAUGGAAUAACCAACUUGUGUCCAAAAUCUGCAAUCAUGCGGUCUUCCCAGAAUACUCAGUCCCUCAGAGUGCAACCUGAAUUGAGAAAUGCUGGCAAGCCACACUCCAGACCUGCCUCCAGCAACCAGUCUCCAGCUCCUUCAUCCCUAGCAAUGCUGGAUGAGGUCCCUGUGGCCCCUGGAAACAAAAAGCUAGGUUCCAAUAUUGAAAAAUCGGUAAAAGACCUCCAGCGAUGCACUGUUUCACUGUCUCGAUAUCGAGUUGUGGUUAAAGAAGAAAUGGAUGCUUCUAUUAAGAAAAUGAAGCAGGUCUUUGCAGAACUGCAGAGUUGCCUCAUGGAUCGAGAAGUAGCCCUUCUAGGUGAAAUGGACAAAGUAAAAGCAGAAGCAAUGGAAAUCCUAAGCAGCCGCCAAAAGAAGGCAGAGGCACUGAAGAAACUAACUGAUGUAGCAGUCCGAAUGUCAGAAGAGCAGCUGGUAGAACUUAGAGCUGACAUAAAGCACUUUGUUAGUGAGCGCAAAUAUGAUGAAGAUCUUGGAAGGGUGGCUCGCUUCACUUGUGACCUUGAUGUGCUAAAGAAAAGCAUUGAAUCCUUUGGACAAGUUUCACAUCCAAAGAACAGUUAUUCAACCAGGUCACGUUGUAGCUCCAUUACCUCCAUGGCUGUGAGCAGCCCGGAUGAGUCCACUACCACAGUGUGUGCCUCUGCUUCUUCUCCUAGCCUCAUAAUGGCCAAUAAGAAACCAUCAUCCCCUGUAGAAACUUCCACAAGUGCAACAAGCCGUCCAUACCACUCCCACCGGGAGGGGUUCCAGGGAAAUAGAAGAUCUGGUCAAGGUUACAGGUCCCAAGGACAACGCCAGAAUGGCUCAUCACACCUCAAUUCAAAUCGCUACAGAAAUGGGUCUUGGUACCAGUCCAACCUCAGGGCCCGACCACCCCCUGGAAAUCCAAACAACCUCAACCAGACUUGCACCACCGGAAUCAAUGGAACUGGAACUGGUCCUGAACCAGGUCCACCAGCCCCAUCCCUACAGACACAUUUGGUCCCACUCAACAAAGAAGCCAAGGCUCUGCCACAGAGGAAACCUAGAUCAAGCCAAUAUGAGGUAUCCAGUUCCUGAGGACCACAAACUCUGCCACUUUCCAAAACUGGAUAACAAGAUUGUAGGACACACUUAGCUAGAGAUAUUAACAAAAGAAAAUUUACACUUUGCUAUCCCUGUGCCACCUCUUUUUCCCAAUCAUUCCAUUCUGGGAAAGCAGCUUCUUAGUGUUUCUCUUGCCCUUGCUUCCUGCAGUGUGAAAUGGAUCAGAUUUUAAUGGAAAAACAUAUUCUUGCUGUCCAGGAGUAGCCUUGGCACAUCUUACUGAUGCCCCUCCUUACAUCCAGUGGCUCCUUAUGUUAAUGCUAGUUUCAAAUAUUGCCAGGUCUAUAUCAUAAAAGUGUGGGGGUGGGUGGGAGGGGAGGAUGCCUUCCAGUAGGUCUAAUCCUAAAUUCUCUGAUCCCUACUCCUCCCAGGAUGCCACUAGCCAGGCCUAAUGUCUAACAGCAAAAGCUAUUCAUGCUGGCAAUGAAACAAGUUGCUGUGAAUUGUGAGUUUAAGAUUAGAAAUUUGAACGGGCGAAGCUGUAAGAGAUUGCUGAAAUAGUUAUUUUUCUUCUCCUUCUCCUUCUCCUUUUCCUUCUCCUCCUCCUUCUUCUCCUUCUUUUGCAACGUAUCCUAAAGUCUAUAUUUGGGAAUAUCUCUUCCAGCAGUAGGGGAGCAAUUCCCAUUCUUCCUGAGAGAAUUAACAUUCUGUCUAUUUGUCAUGUAUAAAUUUAGAUGUUCCCUAGUUUUAAUGUUUGGUGUGGGAUGGGAGGUUUCAUUUUUUCACUUCCCAGCCAAAAUCCCACUAUCUGAACCUAAACUAAAUUUCUAGCAAUUUAUUAGUAGUGCUAAGCCUAAGUGAUCGCAAGUAAAAGCAAAGAUUGCUACAUUCUCUCUAUCCUUGUAUAAAUAAAAACUACAUACAUGUUUAAAA